CAUUUCUCGGGCUUGGCCUGGCCCCAGCCCAGAGCUCUUGGAUAUCAAUCAACUUACCAAAUCCAAAGGUACCAUCAUCAACUUUGCGCGACAACAAUUCAUAACGCCAACAACACUCCGAAGCUAUUCCCUACUCUCGAUAAUGAAAGAGAUAUCCAAGACGAGGUGAUACUCUGUGUUUUCAUUGAGCACACGCGUGCGCGCAACGAUUGAAGUCGAGGUCGCCCACCAUGGGUCCCGUUUCCCCUGUCUCUCGAAAGCGAUCAACGCCCUCUCACAGCGACGAUGACCUCGCAGAAGUACAUCCAAGCAAGAAGAUAUGCGUAAAACCUACGUUACCUCAUACACCUCCUCCAGAAACCCCGCUGGAGGCGCCAAAGGAACGGGCGCAAGAUUUCGAACAUGAGCCCCGAGCGCUCUUGAGGCGCCAGAUAGCAAUGACCUUACAACAUGUUGGAUUCGAUGGAUCUGAACCGGAAGCUAUGGAAUCCUUUUGCAUGGCAGUCGAGACCUGUUAGUAUCCAUUGUUCGAUUGCUGCGAAUCUCGCGCUCUAAACUAAGCUACUAGACUUCGAGAAAUUCGCUUCACGCAUAACAUUGAGCAUGCACAAUUCGAGACGAUCGCUACCUAUACCUUCCGAUUUCCAACACGGGUUAUCAGCUGUUGCUCUACCGCUAUUGUCACUAGAACCGCAUCUGGAUCCGCCCGUAGCUCCUAUAAAAGGACUACCCGCGGAACCACCCGAAGAGUCAAAGAUCAUUUCGACGGUCGCAUUACUGGGCGAGGAACUGGAUGGUAAUUUGGAGAAGAAGAUGCUUCGGCAGAUACCGAAGAAUUUUCCCUCUUUUCCCAGCAAGCAUACAUACAAGCGGACUGAACAAGAAUCGCAACGAGAGACUGAUCCCAGGAAGAUUCGAGAAGAGGCUGCGAAUGCUGCAAGGCAUGCUGAAGAGGCACUUCGCCGGCUAGUGAAUGUAGAAAAGGCCGUAAAGGAGAAAAAUGUCAAGAAGAAUGCAAGCAAGGACCCACGAAGUAAAGAGAGACACGACAUAUGGGAAGAAACGAUGAGAUCAUUCAUGAAGGGACAGGAAAGGCGGUUUGAAGUGGGCGAACACAACGGAAAUGAUGAUAGAAGUAUGAUUGUCAAUUCCGAGAGGCAGUUUUUCCGGAAAGGCGCGGUAACGAAGAGGAAGCCACCGAAAGAAAAUGGGGAGUCGGCGUAAAAAUUCGUUUGGGAUAUUUAAUGGGAUGGGGUUUUGAUCAAUUUAGCGUGGUGUUCGGGAUUGGGCAUGGAUAUUGAUUUUUCAACAGUGUGUAUAUAGAAACCAUACAUACAUAGUAUGGUCGGAAAGUGCUGCAGAAUGCACUUUGUACAAAGACUCUUUCUUGCCUGCAGCGCAAGUCUGGUGGGCAUGCUUUUAUUCAAGAGGAUUUUC